AUGGGGAAGUGGGAGCUCACCUCCAGUGAUAUGGUGAAGUGGGAGCUCACCUCCAGUGAUAUGGGGAACUGGGAGCUCACCUCCAGUGAUAUGGUGAACUGGGAGCUCACCUCCAGUGAUAUGGGGAACUGGGAGCUCACCUCCAGUGAUAUGGGGAACUGGGAGCCUACCUCCAGUGUUAUGGUGAACUGGGAGCUCACCUCCAGUGAUAUGGGGAACUGGGAGCUCACCUCCAGUGAUAUGGGGAACUGGGAGCUCACCUCCAGUGAUAUGGUGAACUGGGAGCUCACCUCCAGUGAUAUGGUGAACUGGGAGCUCACCUCCAGUGAUAUGGGGAACUGGGAGCCUACCUCCAGUGUUAUGGUGAACUGGGAGCUCACCUCCAGUGAUAUGGGGAACUGGGAGCUCACCUCCAGUGAUAUGGGGAACUGGGAGCUCACCUCCAGUGAUAUGGUGAACUGGGAGCUCACCUCCAGUGAUAUGGUGAACUGGGAGCUCACCUCCAGUGAUAUGGGGAACUGGGAGCUCACCUCCAGUGAUAUGGGGAACUGGGAGCUCACCUCCAGUGAUAUGGUGAACUGGGAGCUCUCCUCCAGUGAUAUGGUGAACUGGGAGCUCACCUCCAGUGAUAUGGUGAACUGGGAGCUCACCUCCAGUGAUAUGGGGAACUGGGAGCUCACCUCCAGUGAUAUGGUGAACUGGGAGCUCACCUCCAGUGAUAUGGGGAACUGGGAGCUCACCUCCAGUGAUAUGGUGAACUGGGAGCUCACCUCCAGUGAUAUGGUGAACUGGGAGCUCACCUCCAGUGAUAUGGUGGGUCAACUUUAUGUGGGUAAGAAUAGUCAGUUGCCCAUUGAGCUUUUCAAUGAGCUUUGCAAAGCUUUGCAAUUAAGACACAUUUGGUUGUAAAUGUUCAUUGAAAUACAAAGGGCUUAUGCUUCCAAACAUACUUGGACAAAAUAUAUAUAGGCUCUAACUUGUAUUACCAAAAAUCUAUGUUAUGACGUAAAUCCACCUCGAGACCGAUGGAAAUAAGUUUGAAAGGCAUGCAUUAGCGUGGAGUGAUGGAUUACUCGAAACUUCAAGCCUCAUUACUCUGUUUAGUUUGUAUAAAAUGUAUUGUCCUCUGGCUCCGAGGGGCCAGUCCCCUGUAGCUCAGUUGGUAGAGCAUGGCGCUUGCAACGCCAGGGUUGUGGGUUCGUUUCCCACGGGGGGCCAGUAUGAAACAUUUAUGCACUCACUAACUGUAAGUUGCUCUGGAUAAGAACGUUUGCUAAAUGACUAAAUUGUAAAAAAUGAAUGUAACCCGACGGUGACACAGGCUUGUAACUGCAUCUUUCACCAGGCGACAUGACAUUGUGAUUGUAACUUAGUCAUGACUAAGGGUAUAAGUCUCCUAACGGAUCAACGUCACAAAAACAUUACAGAGCAACAUUAUGACAGGGGAAAUAGCUGUCCAGUUGGGUGGUGUAUGGACAUUAUGACAGGGGAAAUAGCUGUCCAGUUGGGGGGUGUAUGGACAUUAUGACAGGGGAAAUAGCUGUCCAGUUGGGGGGUGUAUGGACAUUAUGACAGGGGAAAUAGCUGUCCAGUUGGGGGGUGUAUGGACAUUAUGACAGGGGAAAUAGCUGUCCAGUUGGGGGUGUAUGGACAUUAUGACAGGGGAAAUAGCUGUCCAGUUGGGGGGUGUAUGGACAUUAUGACAGGGGAAAUAGCUGUCCAGUUGGGUGGUGGUGGUGGCAGGGCUUUAGUUGGGUGGUGGUGAUGGCAGGGCAGUAGUUGGGUGGUGGUGAUGGCAGGGCAGUAGUUGGGUGGUGGUGAUGGCAGGGCUUUAGUUGGGUGGUGGUGAUGGCAGGGCAGUAGUUGGGUGGUGGUGAUGGCAGGGCAGUAGUUGGGUGGUGGUGAUGGCAGGGCAGUAGUUGGGUGGUGGUGAUGGCAGGGCUUUAGUUGGGUGGUGGUGAUGGCAGGGCAGUAGUUGGGUGGUGGUGAUGGCAGGGCAGUAGUUGGGUGGUGGUGAUGGCAGGGCAGUAGUUGGGUGGUGGUGGUGGCAGGGCUUUAGUUGGGUGGUGGUGGUGGCAGGGCUUUAGUUGGGUGGUGGUGAUGGCAGGGCUUUAGUUGGGUGGUGGUGAUGGCAGGGCUUUAGUUGGGUGGUGGUGAUGGCAGGACUUUAGUUGGGUGGUGGUGAUGGCAGGGCUUCAGUUGGGUGGUGGUGAUGGCAGGGCUUUAGUUGGGUGGUGGUGGUGGCAGGACUUUAGUUGGGUGGUGGUGAUGGCAGGGCUUUAGUUGGGUGGUGGUGAUGGCAGGGCUUCAGUUGGGUGGUGGUGGCAGGGCUUUAGUUGGGUGGUGGUGGCAGGGCUUUAGUUGGGUGGUGGUGAUGGCAGGACUUUAGUUGGGUGGUGGUGGCAGGGCUUCAGUUGGGUGGUGGUGGCAGGGCUUUAGUUGGGUGGUGGUGGUGGCAGGGCUUUAGUUGGGUGGUGGUGGUGGCAGGGCUUUAGUUGGGUGGUGGUGAUGGCAGGGCGUUCUCUACUUCAUUCUGUCUGACUUCUCACCAGUCUGAGAACAGGACUGGGCCUGUGCCAUGAAAGGAGCCUCAUCUGAUGCCGUAGGGGUGGUGUGAUCUGAUGCCGUAGGGGUGGUGUGUUUGCCAUGCCUCCGCUGGCCCACGUACAGUACACACCUGCUCCAAACACUGGGCCUCAACACAAUGUCCACACAAUGACACACACACACACACACACACACACACACACACACACACCAGCCUGAUCACUAGAAAUAGAUUUCGAUUUCAGACAUUUUAAAAGGUCCUGAGAAUGCCUUCCUCUGUGCUCACAGACAAAAAGAAGAAAACCGAUUGGCCAGCACUGGGCUCAGACCAGAAAGCACUGGGCUCAAACCCUCAGAGCCGAACCACACUGCUCUGACCACUGCAACGCGGCAAUUCACAAUUAUCUAGCAAGUUGUGAGAAUACUUGGUGAUACUUGAUGGUACUUGAUGAUACUUGAUGGUCAUAGCGAGUCAUUUUUUAUUAUUUUGUUUUAAGCCUUCCCCAAACCACAGCCCUAACCUUAACCACUCGGAAUUAACGCUUGAACUGUUAACCUUUAGAGUUGUUUCUGUUUUAAUCCUGUAACCAGGCAGAAUUAAUGCCAAGCAAAUUGACAUUCAUCCAUAACAAGAUGUUAUUUUCCCAGGUAUCAUUGUCACUGUGUGGCUUUUUGAAAGCAGAGCCACGUCUGAACAUGAAGCCCUGCUUUCCAUAUGAAAGGCAUUUAAUUAAAACUGAUAUUCAUUUAAAGUGUUCACCUGACCCAGAGCAGCAACAUGAAUAGGUUAGUGCUCUCUGCUUGCUAAGAGACACAGACUGCAGAGGAUACAUCUGCAUGGCGUGCGAAGCCUCCAGAACCUAACAAAGGGUCAGAGCAGUGGCACAGUGCAGAGGUGUGGGUGGCUGUUUGCUCUUCAUCCUUCCGUGAGACUAUCGAAGAGGCUUAUCAGAUGAAACUGGAGAAAGAAGAGUAUGUUUACCAAUGGUCUUGCUUGCAAAAGCUUAUGACAAGGCGGAAGUGGGAAGAUACUAGUUUACCAACUGUACAAGCCUCCUUGUUGUUGGUCUUGGUGCUGUCUGAGGUAGGUGGAGUGGAGAGUGAUUGGGGUUGGCAGACAUCACUGAAGGGUCAGAGUGAUUGGUUUAUCAGAUGAAACUGAAGAAUGACAGGAUGUUUACCAACCAUGAUAGCCUCCUUGUGGUCUGAGACUGUCUGAGACUGCCCGAGGAUGUGCAGAGUGAUUGGAAUUGGCUUGUAACGCAUUGGCAGACAUGGUUGGGAAAUGCUGGUGAAAUAGGACCUAUAGCAUUUUCAGAAACAUCAAGAUCGCCAGUGUGCUGGAUUUAUCCAUUCUUUUCUGGGAUUGGGAAGACAUGGCUGCAGAGAUGGAGGUGGAGAGGUUGCAUGGUCCUCGUUGGCAUCGUCUGUGUCCGCGGAGGAAGAACACGCAUGGUCUCUCCUGCAGGCUGCUGUGCUGCUGCUCCUGGGUGGGAGGAGAGGAGAAAGACCUACUACCAGGCCAGAGCCAGCGAGGGCAGAGCAGGGAGAGAGAUACCCAGCUAGACUGGACUAGUCUGGGGGAUGACCAGAAAGACCAGGGGAUCUCAGGGGAGAGAGAGGCCAGGAUCGUCACCCUGACCAAAGAGGAGGAGGAGAAGGAUGUGAAAGAGGAGGAGACACAAGUCCAGAUGUUCAGUACUGUUAGUCCAUCUGCCAGCUCUGUGUCGGCCGUCCGCAGGGCACUGCAGAAGAAAAGACAGCUGAAGCCUCUGUCCUCCCUUCCACUCCGGCCUGGAGGAGACCGGCCUGGAGGAGACCGGCCUGGAGGAGACCGGCCUGGAGGAGGCCGGCCUGGAGGAGACCGGCCUGGAGGAGGCCGGCCUGGAGGAGACCGGCCUGGAGGAGACCAGCCUGGAGGAGACCAGCCUGGAGGAGACCGGCCUGGAGGAGACCGGCCUGGAGGAGACCGGCCUGGAGGAGGCCGGCCUGGAGGAGACCGGCCUGGAGGAGACCAGCCUGGAGGAGACCAGCCUGGAGGAGAGAAGACAAAGAGGAGAAGCCCAGCCAGAAGGGAGGAGCCUGGGGCAAACCAGAGGAGAAACAUUACAAGUGAGGGGGAGCAGGAGAAGGAGGUGGAGGUAGAGGAGAAGGAGGUGGAGGUAGAGGAGAAGGAGGUGGAGGCAGAGGAGAAGGAGGACUCCAUUCUGUUUGACACACCUGGCUGCUCAGGUACAGGUAGCCUGCUCACCCCACCUGUCAUCAACCUGAUCCCUCCCACUCCCUCUGACGUCAUCGAUGAAGACCAGUUCUUUGAUGACAUCAUCUCUGACGAGGAGAGUGUGGAGCACACGUCUGGGACUGGUAGUGAUGGGAGUACCAACACAGCCGGAGACCAGGAGGAGGAGGAGGAAGAGGAGGGGACCAAGACAGACACGGAGAACCAGGAGAGGCAAGCGGUGGAUGGGACUAAACGGUAUCUAGGAGACCAAGACCUGGAGAUGUUCCUUCAAGCUCCAGCCCCUGAGGAGGAGAAGGAGAGACCCAAGCCCAGCUACCUCCGUAGUUACCAGGUGGCCCCUCUACCUGACUACCCCCGGAAGAGUGAGUCUUACAUUCCUACCACUAGGACCUACUGUACUAUGGUCAAAUAAUCUCUACAGCACACUUCUACUGUCACAUCCCUCAGCAAAAUAUCUACUACAGUCAUAACUAGGACCUACUGUAUUAGUCACAUCACACAGCACAGGACCUACUACAGUCAUAACUAGGACCUACUGUAUUAGUCACACAGCACAGGACCUACUACAGUCAUAACUAGGACCUACUGUAUUAGUCACAUCACACAGCACAGGACCUACUACAGUCAUAACUAGGACCUACUGUAUUAGUCACACAGCACAGGACCUACUACAGUCAUAACUAGGACCUACUGUAUUAGUCACGUCCCACAGCAACAGGAACCUACUACAGUAAAAAAAAAACCCCUAGGACUACUGUAUUAGUCACACAGCACAGGGAAACCUACUUACAGUCAUACUAGGACCUACUGUAUUAGUCCCACAGUCAGAGACUCUACAGUCAUAACAGACCUACUGUAUUAGUCACAUCACACAGGCAGCACAGGACCUACUACAGUCCAUACUAGGACCUACUGUAUUAGUCCACUCACACAGCAACAGGACUACUACACAGUCCAUAACUAGAGACCUAAGAUUAGUCCGUCACACAGCACGGACCUACUACAGUCUAAUAGGACCUACUGUAAUUUAUGUCCACGACACAGCACAGGACCACUACGUCAUCCUAAGACCUAAUGUAAUUAGUCCCACAUCAACACAGCACAGGACCUACUACAGUCCAAUAACUAUGACCUAACUUUAUUAGAGUCACGUCACACAAACAGCACAGGACUCUACAUACAUUCUCACUAGGACCUAACUGUAUAGUCACGUCAACACAGCACAGACCUCGACAAGUCAUAACUGAAGGACCACUGUUUAGUCCACACACACAGGACCUACCAGUCAUAACUAGGACCUCUUGUAUUAGGCCCAUCAACAACAGCACAGGACCUACUACAUCAUAACUAGGACCUCUGUAUUAGUCACAACCGAUCACACCGCACGGACCUACUACAGUCAUAACUAAGCCUACGUAUAGUCACACAGCACAGGACCUCCUACAGUCAUAACGAGGACAUACUGUAUUAGUCCACGUCCCACAAGCACAGGACCUACUACAUUUCAUAACUAGACCUACUGUAUUAGUCCAGCACAUCACAACAUACAGGAACCUACUACAUUCCAUAACGAGGACUACUGUAUUAGUCACAUCACACAACACAUGACCUACUACAGUCAUAACUAGGACCUCUGUAUUAGUCCCCACAGCACAGACUACUACGUCAUAACUGGACCUACUGUAUUAGUCCGGUCACACAGCACAAGGACCUACUACAGUCAUAAAUAGGACCUACUGUACAUAGUCACACUCACACUCACAGACCUAAUACGUCCCGAAACUAGGACCUACUGCUUAGUCACAACUCACACAAUCAAACAGGACCUACUACAAGUCAUAAACUGGACCUACUCGUAAUUAUUCACACACACCCCCGACCACUACUUCAAUAACUAGGACUACUGUAUUAGUCCCACAGCACAGGAAACCUAUACAGUAAUAACUAGGACCUACUGUAUUAGUCCCACAGCACAGCAGGACUACUACAGUCAACUAGGCCUACGGUAUUGUCCCACAGCACAGACCUUACUACAGUCCAUAACUAGGACCUCCGUAUAGUCCCACAGCACAGGACCUACUACAGUCUAACUUAGGACCUACUGUAUUAUUCCCAUCACACAUCCACAGGACCUACUCAAGUCAUAACUAGGACCUACUGUAUUAGUCCCCAGCACGGACCUAACUACGUCAUACAGGACCUACUGUAUUAGGUCCCACCACACAGACCUACUACAAGUCAUAACUCGGACCUACUGUAUUAGUCCCACAGCACAGGACCUACUACAGUCAUAACUAGGACCUACUGUAUUAGUCCCCACAGCACAGGACCUACUACAGUCAUAACUAGGACCUACUGUAUUAGUCACGUCACACAGCACAGGACCUACUACAGUCAUAACUAGGACCUACUGUAUUAGUCACAUCACACAGCACAGGACCUACUACAGUCAUAACUAGGACCUACUGUAUUAGUCCCACAGCACAGGACCUACUACAGUCAUAACUAGGACCUACUGUAUUAGUCACAUCACACAGCACAGGACCUACUACAGUCAUAACUAGGACCUACUGUAUUAGUCACCACAGCACAGGACCUACUACAGUCAUAACUAGGACCUACUGUAUUAGUCACAUCCCACAGCACAGGACCUACUACAGUCAUAACUAGGACCUACUGUAUUAGUCACACACAGCACAGGACCUACUACAGUCAUAACUAGGACCUACUGUAUUAGUCCCACGCACAGAACCUACUACGUUCAUAACUGGACACUACUGUAUUAGUCACAUCACACAGCACAGACUACUACAGUCAUAACUAGGACCUACUUUAUUAAUCACAUCCACAGCACCGGACUACACAUCCAAACUAGGACCUACUGUACUUAGUCCCCACAGCACAGAGGACCCUACUACAUCAUAACUAGGACCUACUGGAUUAGUCCCCAGCACAGACCUACACAAGUCUAACUAGGGACCUACUGGGUAUUAGUCACAACAGUCACAACAGCACAGGACAUCUUACAGUCAUAACUAGGCCUACUGUAUUAUGUCACCCGCACAGGACCAACUACAGUCAUAACUAGGACCUACUGUAAUUAGUCCACGUCCCACAGCAAGGACCUACUACAUUCAUAACUGGACCUACUGUAAUUAGUCCACAUCACACAGCACAGACCUACUACGUCAUAACAGGACCUACUGUAUUAGUCCCACAGCACAGACCUACUACAGUCAUAACUAUGACCUACUGUAUUAGUCACAUCACCACAGCACAGGGACCUACGACAGUCAUAAACCUAGGACUACUGUAGUAGUCACGUCACACAGCACAGGACCUACUCCAGGUCCCCCAUCACUAGGAACUUACUGUAUUAGUCACGUCACACAGCACAUACCUACUACAGUCAUAACUAGGACCUAACUGUAUUAUUCACACCAGCACAAAGACCUACUACAUUCAUAAAUAACUCGCCCCUCUGUAUUUCACAUCACAAGCCACAGGACCUAUACUCAGGCAUAACUAGGACCUAGCUUUAUUAAAGUCACGUCACACAGCACAGACCUACUACAUCAUAACUAGGACCUACUGUAUUGUCCACACACACAGCACAGGACCUACUACCGUCAUAACUAUUAACUGGGAAGGAACUACUCUAUUAGUCACGUCCACAGCACAGGACCUACUACGUCAUAACUAGGACCUAACUAGUAUUAGUCACACAGCACAUGACUACUACAGUAUACCUAGGACCUACUGUAUUAGUCCCCACAGCAACAGACCUACUACAGUAUAACUAGGACCUACUGUAAUUAGUCCCACAGCACGGACAUACUACAGUCCAUAACUAGACCUACGGAUUAGUCCGUCACACAGCACAGGAACCUACUACAGUCCAUAACUAGGACUACUGUAAUUAUCCCCAACAGCACAGGACCUACUCAGUCAUACUAGGACCUACUGUAUUCGUCCCACACAAGCACAGGAACCUACUACAGUCAUAACGAGGACCUACUGUAUUAGUCCCACAGCACAGUACCUACUACAGUCAUAACUGGACCUAUGUAUUAUCACAAUCACACAGCAAAGGACUACUAGCAGUCAUAACUAUGGACUACUUGUAUUAGUCCCAGCACAGACCCUACUUACAGUCAUAACUUAGGACCUACUGUAUUAGUCCCACACACAGUGACCUACUAACAAGUCAUAAACUAGGCGUCUACUGUAUUAGUCACAUCACAACAGCACAACAGGCCUACUACAGUCAUAAUCGUUCAGGACUCUGUAUUAGUCACGUCAACACACACGCACAGGACCUACGAAGUCAUAACUACGGACCUACUGUAUUGUCACGUCAACACAGAACAGGACCUACUAAUUCCAUAACUAGGACCUACGUAUAGUCCCCAAGCACAGGACCUACUACAGCAUAACAUGACCUACUGUAUUAGUCACAAUCAACAGCACAGGACCUAUCUACAGUCAAUAACUAGGACCUACGUAUUAGUUAGUCACGUCACACAGUCACAGGACCUACUACAGUCAAACUAGGACCUAUGUAUUGUCACAUCACCCAGGCACAGACCUUAACUACAGUCAUAACUUAGGACCUACUGUAUUAGUCACGUCACACAUCACAUGACCUACUACGUCAUACCUAGGGACCUACUGUAUUUUCACGGUCACACAUCACAGGACCAACUAACAAACAGGUCAUAACUAGAACCUACUGUAUUCGUCACACAGCACAGGACCUACUACAGUCAUAACUAGGACCUACUGUAUUAUUCCCCCAAGCACGACCUAACACAUUCAUAACUAUGACCUACUGUAUUAGUCCCACAGCACAGGACCUACACCGUCAUAACUAGGACCGAAUGAUUAGUCACGUCACACCAGCACAGGACCUACUACAAGUCAUAACUAGGACAUACUGUAUUAGUUCCCUCACACAGCAAGGACCAUACUACAGUCAUAACUAGGACCCACUGUAUUAGUCACAAAACACAGCACAUGGACCUACUACAGUCCUAACUAGACCUACUGUAAUGUCGUCCCACAGCACAGGACCUACUACAGUCAUACUAGGACCUACUGUAUUAUUCACAUCACAACAGCCAGACCUACUACAGUCAUAACUAGGACCUACUGUAUUAAGUCACGUCACAACAGCACAAGGACCUACUACAGUCAUAACUAUGACCUACUGUAUUAGUCACUCACACAGCAACAGGACCUACUACGAGUCAUACUGGACCUACUGUAUUAGUCAACACAGCACCGACCUACUACCGUCAUAACUCGGACCUACUGUAUAGUCACUCAACAGCACGACCUACUACAUCAUAACGAGGACCUCUGAUAUUCGUCACGUCACACAGCACCGGACGCUACUACAGUCAUAACUAGUACCUACUGUAUUAGUCCAUCACACAGCACAGGAAACCCUACUACAGUCCAAACUAGGACCACUGUAUUAGUCACGUCACAUCAGCCACAGGACCCACUACAUUCCUAAAUAGUACCUACGUAUUAUCCACGUCACACAGCACAGGACCUACUAACAGUCAACACUAGACUACUGUAUGAGUCACACGCAGCAGGACAUACACAGUCAUAACUAGGACCUACUGUAUAGUCCCCACAGCACAGGCCCUACUACAGUCAUAAUAGGACCUACUGUAUUAGUCCCACAGCACAUGGACGCUACUACAUUCAUAAAACUAUGACCCUACUGUAUUAUCACAAUCACCAUCACAUGACAGGACCUACUACAUCAUAACUAGGACCUUCUGUAUUAUCACACAGCCACGGACCUACUACAGUCCAUAACUAGGACCUUACUGUAUUAGUCACGUCCACAGCACCAGGACCUACUACAGUCAUAACAGGACCCUACUGUAUCUGCUCACAUCACACAGCACAGGACUACUAUCAAGUCAAACGAGACCUACUGUAUUAGUCCCCAGCAACGAGACCUACUACAGUCCAUAUACUAGGACCUACUGUAUUAGUCACAUUCACCCGCACAGUACCUACUACAGUCAUAACUACGUACCCUCUGUAUUAGUCACGUCACACAGCACAGUACACUCAGUCAUAACUAGGACCCGUACUGGUAUUAAGUCCGUCACAAGCACAGACCCACUACAGUCAUAACUAGGACCGUAUGGUAUUAUUCACACGCAACAGGAACUACUAAGUCAUAACUCGGACCUACUGUGGUAUUAGUCACAUCACACCAGCCCAGGACCUACUACAGUCAUAACUAGACCACUGUAUUAGGUCACGUCACAACACACAGGACCUACUACAGUCCAUAACGAGGACCUCUGUAUUAGUCCAUCACCAACAGCACAGGACCUACUACAGUCAUAACUAGGACCUACGCUAUUAGUCACGUCACACCCACAGGCCACUACAGCAUAACUAGACCACUGUUAGAGUCACACAAGCACAGGACCUACUACAUCAUAACUAGGACCUACUGUAAUUAUCCCACAGCACAGGACCUACUACAGUCUAACCUAGGACCUACUGUAUUAGUCCCACAGCAACAUGAACCUACUAAGUAUAACUAGACCUACUGUAUUAGUCACGUCAACACACAGCACCGGACCUACUACAUUCAUAACUAAGGACCACUGUAUUAGUCCAUACACCGCAAAGGACCUACUACCUCAUACUAGGGGACCUCUUCUGAGUCCCACACAGCACAGGACUACUACAUCAUAACUAGGACCUACUGUAUUAGUCCCACAGCACAGGACCUACUACAGUCAUACCUGACAUCUGUAUUUAGUCAACAGAAUCACCCAGCACAGGACCUACUCAGUCAUAACAGGAACCUUAACUGUAUUAGUCACGUCACACAUGCACAGUAUACCUACUACAUUCAUAACUAGGACCUACUGUAUUAGUCCACGUCACAAAGCACAGACCUACUACAGUCAUAACUAGGACCUACUGUAUUAGUUCACACAGCACAGUAACCUACUACAGUCAUAACUAGGACCUACUGUAUUAGUUCACAUCACACGCACAGGAAACCACUACCGUCAUAACUAGGACCCACUGUAUUAGUAGUCACGUCACACAUCACAGACCCUACUACAGUCCAUAACUGAGGACCUACUGUAUAGUCCAUCACACAGCACAGGACCUACUACAUCAUAACUCGGACUACUGUACUUAGUCACGUCACACAUCACAGGACCCUACAGUCAUAACUAGGACCUACUGUAUUAUCCACGUCCACAAAGCACAGGACCUACUACAGUCAUAACUAAGGACCUACUGUAUUCGUCACACAGCAACAGGGACCUACUACAGUCCAUAACUAGGACCUACUGUAAAUUAGUCCCCCACGCACAGGAACCUACUACAGUCAUAACUAGGACCUACUGUAUUAGUCCCCAGCCCAGGAACCUCCUACAAGUCAUAACUAGAACCUACUUUAUGGUCACGUCACAAACCCAGCACAGGGAACCUACUACAGUCAUAACUAGGACCUACUGCUGUAUUAUUCACAUCACACAGCAAUGACCUACUACGUCCAUACUAGGACCUACGUAUUAGUCACACCACACAGCCAGGGCCGGUUACUACAGUCAUAACUAGGACCUACUACUGUAUAGUCUCCCCUACACAGGACCUACUACAGUCCAUAACUAGGACCUACUGUAUUAAGUCACAUCACACAGCACAGGGACCUACUACAGUAAUAACUUAGGCCUACUGUAUAGUCCCACGUCACACAGCACAGGACCUACUACAGUCUAACUAGGAACGCUACUGUAUUAGUCACGUCACACAACACAGGACUACUACAGUCCUAACUAGGACCUACUGUAUUAGUCCACACACAGCCUACUAAGUCAUAACUAGGACCUACCUGUAUUGUGUCACCUCACACAGCACAGGACCUACUUACUACAUCCCAUAAUAACUGGACCUACUUACUGUAUUAGCCCUCACACAGCACAGGACCUACUACGUCAUAACUAGGACCUACUGUAAUAGUCACAUCCCACAGCACAGACCUACUACUACAUUCCAUCCUAGUACCUACUGUAUUAAGUCACGUCACAAAGCACAGGACCUACUACAGUCCAUAAAUAUGACUACUGACUGUAUUAGUCACGUCACCAAAGCACAGGACCUACUACAGUCAUAACUAGGAACCCUACUGUUGUAGUCACACACGCACAGGACCUACUACAGUCAUAACUUGAACCUACUGUAUUAGCCCAACCGCAACAGGCCCUACGACAGUCAUAACUAGGACCUACUGUAUUUAGCCCCCGACCAGGACCUACUACAAGUCAUAACUAGGACCUACUGUAAUUAGUCCGUCACACGCACAUGACCUACACGUCAUAACUAGACCUACUGUUAUUAGUCACAUCACACAGCAAAGGACUACUAACAGUCAUAACUAGGAGCCUACUGUAUUAGUCACACACGCGGGGCGGAGUUGGGGGGCAGCACAGGAACCUACUACAGUCAUACCUAAGACCUAACUAAUAGAGGGGCAGGGUAAGGUAUUAGUCACCAUCACACAGCACAGGACCUACUACAGUCAUAACUAGUACCUACUGUAUUAGUCAACAGCAGCACAUACCUCUACAGUCAUAACUAGGACCUACUUGUAUUAGUCACGUCCCCCCAGCACAGGACCUACUACAGUCUAUAACAGGAGCUACUGUAUUACGUCACAUCACACGCACAGUACCGACUACAGUCAUAACUAGGACCUAUACUUUAUGUCCCCACAGCAACAGGAACCAUACUACAGUCAUAACUAGGACCUACUGUCUUAGUCACAUCACACAGCACAUGACCUAACUACAGUCAUAACAGGACCUACGUAUUAGUCACGUCACACAGCACAGGACCUUUAACUACUACAGUCAUAACUAGGACCUACUGUAUUUAGUCACGUCACACAGCACAGGACCUACUACGUCAAACUAUGACCUACUGUAUUAAGUCACACAGCACGGCCUUACUACCGUCCAUAACUAGGACCUACUGUAUUAUCACAACAUCACACAAGCACAGGACCUACUACAGUCAUAACUAGGGGGACCUACUGUAUUAGUCCACCACACACACAGGACCUACUACAGUCCAUAACUAGACUCUACUGUCUUAGUCACAUCACACGCAUAGGACCUACUCGUCAUAACUAUGAACCUACUGUAGUAGUCACGUCACACAGCACAGGACCUACUCAGUCAUAACUAGGACCUACUGUAUUAGUCACGUCCAACAGCACAGACCUACUACAGUCAUAACUAGGACCUACGAUUUAGUCACACCGCACGGGGACUACUACAGUCAUAACUAGGAACCUACUGUAUUAGCCACAUCACACAUCACAGGACCUAUCAGUCCUAACUAGGACCACUUAUUUAGUCACAUCACACAGCACAGGACCUACUACAUCAUAAAUUAGGACCUACUGUAAUUAGUCACCACAGCACAAUGACCUACUACAUUCAUAACUAGACCUACUGUAUUAGUCACGUCCCACAGCACAUGACCUACUACAAGCAUAACUAGGACCUACUGUAUUAGUUCCACAUCACCCAGCACAGGAACUACUAUCUACAGUCAUAACUAGGAACCUACUGUAAUUAGUCCCACAGCACAGGACCUACUACAUCAUAACUUGACCUACUGUAUUAGUCCCAACAGCAACAGGACCUACUACUACAGUCAAACUAGGAACCUACUGUAAUUUAGUCCCACACACAGACCCUAUAAACAGUCAUAACUAGACCUCCUGUAUUAGUAGUCACAUCACACCAGCACAGGAACCUACUACGUCAUACUAGGACUCUCUGUAUAGUCCCCAGCACUGACUUAACUACAUCAUAACGAGGCCUACUGUAUUAGUCCCAUCACCGCACAUGACCUACUCAGUCAAUAAUAACUAGGACCCUACUGUAUUAGUGUCACGUCACACGCACAGGACCUACUACGUCCAUACACUAGGACCUACUGUGAUUAGUCACAUCACACAGCAACAGGACUACUACAUUCAUAAUAGGACCUACUGUAUUAGUCCCUCCCCACACGCCCAGGCCUACUACCGUCCAUAACUAGGCACCUACUGUAUUAGUCCCCACCUCACAGGACCUACUACUUCAUAACUGGACCGUACUGUUUAUCACAUCACACAGCAUCAGGACCUCUACAUCAUAACUAGGACCUACUGUAUUUAGUCACGUCAACACCAGGAACCUACUACAGUCAUCACUAGGACCUACUUUAUUGUCACAUCACACACAGCAACAGGACCUACUACAGUUCAUAACUAGGACAACUGUAAUUAGUCCCACAGACAGGGACCUCCUACAGUCAUAACUAGGACCUACUGUAUUAGUCCCACAUCACAGGACCUACUACAGUCAUAACUAGGACCUACUGUAUUAGUCCCCACAGCACAGGACCUACUAUGCUCUAACUAGGACCUACGUAUUAGUUCACAUCACACAGCACAGACCUACUACCGUCAUAACUAGGACCUACUGUAUUUAGUCCCACGCAAGGACUUUACUACAGUGCUAACUAGGACCUCUGUAUUAUCAGCAUCACAACAGCACCUGACCUACUACAGUCAAUAACUAGGACCUACUGUAUUAGUCACGUCACACACACAGACCUCUACAUCAUAGCUAGGGGACCUACUGUAUUCGUCACAUCACACAGCACAGGACCUACUGACAGUCAUAACUAGCCUACUGGUAUUAUUGCCCACAGCACAGGACCUCCUACAGUCAUACUAGGCCUACUGUAUAGUCCCCCACAGCAAAACAAUGACCUACUACAUUCAUAACUAGGAACCUCACUGUAAUUAGUCACAUCACACAGCACAAGGACCUACUACCGUCAUAACUAGGACCUACUGUAUUUAGUCACGUCACAACACAGCACAGGGACCUACUCGUCAUAACUAGGACCUACUGUUUAGUCACAUCACACCCAGCACAGGACCUACUACAUUCCCAUAACUAGACCUACUGUAUUAGUCCCCACAGCAACAGGACCUACUACCAGUCGAACUAGAGUACCUACUGUUAUUAAGUCCCACAGCACAGGACCUACUAAGUCAUAACUAGGACCACUGUAUUAGUCACGUCACCACAGCAACAGGACCUACUACAUCAUAACUAGGACCUACUGUUAUUAGUCACGUCACACAGCACAGGACCACUCAGUCAUAACAGUACCUACUGUAUUAGUCCCACCACAGCACAGGACCUACUACACGUCAUAACUAGGACCUACUGUAUUAGUCACACCUCACCAGCACAGGAACCUACUACAUCCAUAACUAGUACUACUUGUAUUAGUCCACCGCAGAGACAUUUCCUACUACAUCAAACUAGAACCUACUGUAUUAGUCCCACAGCACAGGACCUACUCAGUCAUAACUAGUCCUACUGUAUUGUCCCACAGCACGGACCUACUAAGUCCAUAACUAGAGUACCUACUGUUAUUAGUCCCAUCACACAUCACAGGACCUACUACAGUCAUAACUAGACCUACUGUAUUAGUCCCACAGACCCACCUACUACAGUCCAUAACUAGGACCUACUGUAUUAGGCCCACAGCACAGGACCUACUACAGUCAUAACUAGGACCUACUGUAUUAGUCACACAGCACAGACCUACUACAGUCAGAACUAGGACCUACUGUAUUAGUCACCUUGCACAGGACCUACUACAGUCAAUAACUUGACCUACUGUAUUAGUCACACAGCACGACCUACGAAGUCAUAACUAGGACCUACUGUAAUUAGUCACACAGCACAGGACCUACUCUACGUCAUAACUAGGACCUACUGUAUUAGUCACACGCACAGACCUUACUACAUCAUAACUAGGACCGUACUUAUUAGUCACACAGCACAGGAACCUACACGUCAUAACUAGGACCUACUGGUAUUAGUCACAUCACACAGCACAGGACUACUACAGUCAUAACUAUAAAGGACCUACUGUAUUAGUCCACAGCACAGGACCUACUACAGUCAUAACUAGGACCUACUGUAUUAGUCACGUCCACACAGCACAGGACCGACUACAAGUCAAUAACUAGGACCCUACUGUAUUAGUCCCACAGCACAGGACCUACUACCGUCAUAACUGGGACCUACUGUAUUAGCACAUCACACAGCACAGGAACCUACUACAAGUCAUAACUCUGACUACUGUAUUAGUCCAAUCACACGCACGGAACUACUACGCCAGUCAUAACGAGGACCUACUGUAUUAGUCCCAACAGCACAGGGACCUUACUACAGUCAUAACUAGGACCACUUAAUUAGUCCACACGCACCAGGACCUACUACAGUCAUAACUAGAACCUACUUGUAAUUAAGUCACAUCACACACACAGGACCUACUACAGUCAUAACUAGGACCUUACUGUAUAGUCCCAGCACAGGACCUACUACAUUCAAAACUAGGACCUACUGUAUUAGUCCCUCACACAGCACAUGCCUACUCACAGCAUAACUAGACCAUACUGUAUUGUCACAUCACACAGGCACAGUACCUCCUACAGUCAUAACUAGGACCUACUGUAUAGUCACAAUCACACAGCCGCAGGACCUACUGACAGUCCUAACUAGGACCAUACUGUAUUAGUCACGUCACCAGCACAGGACCUACUACAGUCCCUAACUAGGACCUACUGUAUUAGUCCCAUCCCAACACAGCACAGACCUAUUACAGUCAUACGAGGACCUACUGUAUUAGUUCACAUCACACAGCAAAGGCCUACUACAGUCUAACUAGACCUACUGUAUUAGCCCACAGCACAGGACCUACUACAGGCCCAUAACUAGGACCUACUGUAUUAUCACAUACCCAGCACAAAAAGGACCUACUACAUUCAUAACUAGGAACCUACUGUAAUUAGUCACCAACAGCAAAGGACCUACUACUACAGUCAACUAGGACCAACUGUAUUAGUCCGUCACAACAAGUCACAGGACUACUUACAGUCUACUAGGACCUACUGUAUUAGUCCCCAGCACAGGGACCCUACUACAUCAUACAGGACCGUAUGUAAUUAGUCACCCAGCAACAGGACCCCUACAUCAUCACGAGGACCUACUGUAUUUUCACGACGUCAAAACAGCACAGACCUACUACAGUCAUCACUAGGACCUACCUUUAUUAGUCACACAAGCAGCAAGGACUACUACAGUCAUAACUAGGACCUACUGUAUUAGUCACAUCACAACAAGCACAGUACCCUACUACAGUCCAUAAACUAGGACCUUACUGUAUUAGUCCCCCACAUCACAGGCCUACUACAGUCUCACUAGGACCUAACGGUAUUAGUGUCCCAUCAAACAGCACAGGACCGACUACAGUCAUAACUAGGACCUACUGUAUUAGUCACUUACACGCACAGGACCCUACUACAGUCAUAACUAGGACCAUGUAUUAGUCCCACAGCACAUGACCUACUACAGUCAUAACAGGACCUACUGUAUGUCCACAGCACCGGACCUACGACAUUCAUACUGGACCUACUGUAUUAGUCCCACGCACAGGACCUACUACCGUCAUAACUAGUACCUCCUGUAUGAGUCACAAUCCACCACAGGCCUCUACCGUCAUAACUAUGGAACCUACUUUAAUUAUCCCCACAGCACAGGACGCUACUACAUUCUACCUGGAACCCUACUGUAUUAGUCCCACAGCACAGGACCUACUACAGUCAUAACUGUACCCUCUGUAUUAGUCCCACAGCACCGGACCUACUACAUCCUAACUGGACCUACGGUAUUAGUCACAUCACACAGCACGGCCUACUACAGUCAUACUAGGACUACUGUAUUAGUCCACGUCACACAGCACAGGAACCUACUACAUUCAUAACUAGACCUACUGUAUUAUCACGUCACGAAGCCUGGCCAUGACCUAUCCGUCCGCUUCCCAACUAUGACCUACUUAUUAGUCACACACACAGCACCGGACCUACUACAGUCAUAACUAGGGACCUACUGUAUUAGCCACUCACACAGCACAGGACCUCCUACAGUCAUAACUAGGACCUACUGUAUUAGUCCACGUCACACAGCACAGGACCUACUACAGUCAUAACUAUACCUACCUUGUAUUAGUCACACGCACAACGCACAGGGACCUACUACAUAUAACUAGGACCUACUGUAUUAGGCACAGCAGCACAGGCCUACUAACAUCAUAACUAUGACCUACUGUAUUGUCACAUCACACCGCACAGACCUACUACAUCAUAACUAGGACCUACUGUAUUAGUCACACAAGCACAGGACCUACUACAGUCAAUAACUAGACCUACUGUAUUAUCCCACAGCAACAGUACUACUACAGUCCAUAACUAGGACCUACUGAAUUAGUCACACGCCCGGACCUACUACAGUCAUAACUAGGACCUUCUGUAUUAGUCACAUCAACACAGCACAGGACCUACUACAGUCCUAACUAGGACCUACGGUUUAGUCAACACAGACAGGACCUACUACAGUCAGAACUAGGACCUAACUGUAUUAGUCACAUCACACAGCACAGGACUACUACCCAUCAUACUAAGGACCUACUGUAUUAGUUCACACAGCACAGGACCUACUAAGUCAUAACUAGGACCUACUGUAUUAGUCCACAGCACAGGACCUACUACAGUCAUAACUAAUGACGCUCCUGUAUUAUUUCCCAACAGCACAGGCCCUACUACAGUCUAACUAGGACUCACUGGAUUAGUCACAUCACACAGCACAUGGACACUACAGUCCAUAACUAGGACCUACUGUAUUAGUAGUCACGUCACCGAGCACAGGAACCUACUCCAGGCAUAACUAUGCACCUACUGUAUUAGUCCCGUCCCACAGCACAGGGACCUACUACAGUAUAACUAGGACCUAACUGUAUUAGUCCCCAUCAUCACAGGCCCUACUACAGUCUAACUGGACUAUUUUAAAUUAGUCCCACGAGCACAGGACCUACUACAGCAUCACUAAGGACCUACUGGAUUAGUCACGUCCCACAUCACGGGCCUACUACAGUCAUAACUAGACCUACUGUAUUAGUCCCACACCACAUGACCUACUAACACAGCUAACUAGGACCUACUGUAUUAGUCCACAGCACAGGACCUACUACAGUCAUAACUUUAGGAACCUACUUGUAUGAGUCACAUCACACAGCACAGGACCUACUACAGUCAUACUAGGACACUGUAUUAAGUCACGUCCAACAGCAACGACCUCACUACAGGCAUAACUGGACCUACUGUUUAGUUCACGUCACAACACAAACAGCACAGACCUACUACAGUCCAUAACAGGACCUACUGUAUUAGUCACAUCACACAGCACAGGACCUACGACCGUCAUAACUAGGAACCUACUUAUUAGUCCCCACACACAGCACAGACUCUACAGUCAUAACUAGGACCUACUGUAUUCGUCACGUCACAACAAGCACUGUACCUACUACAGUCCUUACUAGGAACCUCUGUAUGAGUCCACGUCACACAGCCCAGGACCUACUACAGUCAUAACUAGGACCUACCUAUAGUCCACAGCACCGGACCUACUACAGUCAUAACUAGGACCUACUGUACUAUUCACAAUCACACAGACAGGACCUACUACAGUCAUAACUAGGAACCUACUGUAUUAGUCACACAGCUCGGACCUACUACAGUCAUAACUAGGACCUACUGUAUUAGUCCCCACACACAGGACCUACUACAGUCAUAACUAGGACCUACGUACUGUAUUAAGUCCCCACGUCCAGGACCUACUACAUCAGAACUAAGGACCUACUGUAUAGUCACGUCCCCACAGCACAGACGCACGACUGUCAAACUAGGCCCUACCUGUAUUAGUCCCACAGCACAGACCUACUACAGUCAUAACUAUGACCUACUGUAUUGUCCACAGCACAGGACUACUACAGUCAUACUAGGACCUACUGUAUUGUCCCACAGCACAGUACCUACUACAUUCAUAACUAGGACCUACUUGUAUUAUUCCCCACAGCACAAGGACCUCUAAUACAGUCUACUAGGACCUCUGUAAUUAGUCCGUCCCACAGCACAUGACCGUACGACAUUCAUAACUAGGCCCUACUGGUAUAGUCCACACAGCACAGUACCUACUACAGUCAUAACUGGACCUACUGUAUGAGUCCACGUCACACAGCCAGACCUACACAGGUCAAACUCGGGACCUACUGUUUAGUCACGUCACACGCACAGGACCUCUACCAGUCAUAACUAGGACCUACUGUAUUAGUCCCCCCACAGCACAGACCUACUACAGUCAUAACCAGACCGACUGUAAUUAGUCCACAGCACAGGACCUACUACAGUCCAUAACUGGACCUACUGUAUUAGUCACAUCACACAGCCAGGACCUACUACAGUCAGACUAUGGACCUACUGUAAUUAGUCCCCACACCGGACCACUAACAGUUCAUAACUAGGACCUACUGUAUUUAGUCACGUCCAACACAGCAACAGACCUCUACAGUCAUAACGAGACCUACUGUAUUAGUCACGUCCACAGCCCAUGACCUACUACAGUCAUAACUAGGACCUACUGUAUUAGUCCCACAGCACAGGACCUACUACAGUCAUAACUAGAGGACCUACUGUAUUAGUCCUCACACACACAGCACAGGACCUUACUAACAGUCUAACUAUUACUAGGACCUACUGUAUUAGUCCCCACAGCACAGACCUACUACGUCAUAACUAGGACCCUACUGUCUUAUCCCACAGCACAGGACCUACUACAGUCAUAACUAGGACUAACUGUAUUAGUCACAUCCACAGCAAAGGACCUACUACAGUCCAUAACUAGGACCUACUGUAUCGUCCACGUCACACAGCACAUGGACCUACUACAGUCUACUAGGACCUAAUAUUAGUUCCCACAGCACAGGACCACUACAGUCAAAAACUAGGACCUACUGUAUUAGUCACGUCACACGCACAGACCUACUACAGUCUACUAUGACCUACUGUAUUAGUCCCACAGCCACAGGACCUACUACAUCAUAACUAGACCUACUGUUUAGUCCCCCAACAGCACAGGACCUACUACAGUCAUAACUAGGACCUACUGUAUUAGUCACAUCACACAGCACAGGACCUACUACAGUCAUAACUAGGACCUACUGUAUUAGUCACAUCACACAGCACAGGACCUACUACAGUCAUAACCAGGACCUACUGUAUUAGUCCCACAGCACAGGACCUACUACAGUCACCAUCCUUUCUUCUCUACUCUCCUUUUCAAGUUUAAUGUGUUUAGUUCAAGCAUGCUAACCUAUGAAAUUAAACUGGAUGUGGUUAUUGGCAUCUUUUCUUUAUUCCAGGGAGCUUCAACGCUAGCACCAAUCUGCUGUUGUUCACUGAGCACAACCUGGGUGAGUGAGGCGCGUGUGUGUUCCCAGGUUACCCUUCAUCACUCUACUCCUAUCAUCUUCUUCACUCUCUCUCUGAAAGGCCUGCUCUCCCCACAGAGUUGACCUACCUUUCUCUCUGAAAGGCCUGCUCUCCCCACAGAGUUGACCUACCUUUCUCUCUGAAAGGCCUGCUCUCUCCACAGAGUUGACCUACCUUUCUCUCUGAAAGGCCUGCUCUCCCCACAGAGUUGACCUACCUUUCUCUCUGAAAGGCCUGCUCUCCCCACAGAGUUGACCUACCUUUCUCUCUGAAAGGCCUGCUCUCCCCACAGAGUUGACCUACCUUUCUCUCUGAUAGGCCUGCUCUCCCCACAGAGUUGACCUACCUUUCUCUCUGAAAGGCCUGCUCUCCCCACAGAGUUGACCUACCUUUUUCUCUGAAAGGCCUGCUCUCCCCACAGAGUUGACCUACCUUUCUCUCUGAAAGGCCUGCUCUCCCCACAGAGUGGACCUACCUUUCUCUCUGAAAGGCCUGCUCUCUCCACAGAGUUGACCUACCUUUCUCUCUGAAAGGCCUGCUCUCCCCACAGAGUUGACCUACCUUUCUCUCUGAAAGGCCUGCUCUCCCCACAGAGUUGA